ACUCAGCCCCAUAGUCAGGGCGUCCCCGGGGCAGAGGGUGAGGGGUGCAGUGCCUGCUGGAAAUGGCGACUGCGGCUAACGCCAACCCCGUGCCUAAACUGUACAGAUCUGUCAUUGAGGACGUCAUUAAUGAUGUGCGGGAGCUGUUUCUGGACGAGGGUGUUGAUGAACAGGUUUUGAUAGAGCUAAAGACGCUGUGGGAGAGCAAACUUAUGCAGUCCAAGGCAGUAGAUGGGUUCCACUCGGAGGAUCAACAGCUUCUACAGCAGCAUCAGCAACAUCUCCAUGUCCAGCCCCACAUGCAGCAGCAACAUGCUGCAGUGCACCAAGCUCCAACGCAGCAAGUCCUCAUUCCCGCCACCCACCAAGGUCUAGUACCCUCAUCAUACCGCACUUCUCAGCAGGUGCUGAUUCCAAGCAAUGAUUCCAAACUAAUCCAGCACAUGACUCCUCAAGGAAUGAGUGCGGCAGCAACUGCGGCUACCCUUGCUCUGCCUGCUGGGGUGACUCCCGUCCAGCAGCUGAUUACCAACUCUGGUCAGCUUCUACAGGUGGUGAGAGCAGCGAAUGGCGCGCAGUAUAUUAUCCAGCCACAGCAGCAAAUGGUCCUGCAGCAGCAAGUUAUUCCCCAAAUGCAGCCAGGAGGAGUACAAGCCCCUGUUAUACAACAGGUAUUGGCUCCAAUGCCUGGUGGCCUUUCCCAGCAGACCGGGGUGAUCAUACAACCUCAACAGAUCCUCUUUACAGGAAACAAGACUCAAGUCAUCCCAACCACUGUGUCCGCUCCACAAGCCCCAACGCAGGGGCAGCUGACUGUGGCAAAUCAGCAACAAGCCCAGCAAGGGCAGCCGCAAGCGUCUCUCGUCCUGCAGGUGGAUGGGGCGGGGGACACGUCUUCUGAGGAGGAUGAAGAUGAGGACGAAGAUUAUGACGAUGAAGAAGAGGAGGACAAAGAAAAGGAUGGAGAAGAUGGACAAGUGGAGGAGGAACCCCUGAACAGCGAGGAUGAUGUGAGUGAUGAGGAAGGCCAGGAGCUGUUUGACACAGAGAAUGUUGUCGUCUGUCAGUACGAUAAGAUCCACAGGAGUAAAAACAAGUGGAAGUUUCAUCUCAAAGAUGGUAUCAUGAACCUGAACGGCCGUGACUUUGUUUUCUCCAAAGCAAUCGGGGAUGCUGAGUGGUGAGCCCACGCCCUCCCUCUCCCCACGGCCCACCCUUGCCUCGUUCUGCAGGGUGCCUCGGGGGGCGAGUGACGUGAGAACAAUGAAACUGAUUUAAUACCAAACCUGAAGUAUGGGAAAUGCCCCCUUCCCUGGCACCAAUGACAAAGACUAAAGAGGCAUCUUGCUCUGUGAUUGGUGGAGCUGGAAUGUUAAGACUGCUGAACUGUCACAUGACCGGUGGCACUGGUGACAUGGUAGCUGGAGUAUUGCCAUACAUGGCCCUGGUUUUACCUAUGUGUUGCUGAUUCUCCCUGCCCUUCCCACCACAUUGGAUAUUACUACAGGUCUCCUCCACUUGGUUUUGAUCUUCCCGGUCACCUGCUGAACAUUAAUAUGCGGGUCACCAGCUUUUUAGGAUCUGCCGCCCCCAUUUCUGUGGUCUAUCCUGGUCUGUGUCAGGAACUUCCAAACUUCAGUCAUCAAGUGCAGCCGCUUGCAAAUGGGCCUAUGCCAUUGUAUAACUUUACCUCCUCUGUGGUGGAUUUUGGAGUCUGGUGAACUGUUUAGCGCAAGAAUAACGUGAGCGCUUCAAACGGUCACAUGACUGUUUACUGGGCCAAGGUUCCACUCCUGCGUAGUAGGUGGCUUAGUAAUACGGACUGCACGAAUAUUCAUUCAGGCUGAAUUUCAAGAGGGAACUUGUCAUAGUUUGGUCUCAGUACGAUGUUACUAUAACUUAAUGCUUGUCCGGUGGUGACUGCCUUACUCCUGUAGUGCAUUAUCACUGCCCUGUACUGUGCACGUCACCAGGCGGGGGGCCGGAGAGGUGUCUGAGUGGGGCAAUAUUCAUACUGCCUUGUGACUAGUGCCUAAGACUAUGGAAGCUGACCUUUUAACUCUGGUUUUUCAAUUGUUAGAAGCAGCGCUGAUCACUUACAGCAGCGACUCCUUCAAUCUGAUUUUAUUAGGGGUACCUGUGACCAGAAUACUGAUGUACUGUUGGGCAAAUAAUGCGUUAGGUGUGAGUUCUCUCUGCCUUGCACCGCACACGGAAAUUGGAGGGCCCCAGUCCUGUCCGGAAUGACCGACCUCUGCGCCUGGAUUUUUGUGAACAGGGCAGCAGGUGGGGGGGUGGGAUGGAGCGUCGCAGAUUUUGUGUUAAAUGUGAAACUUUGUAUGUCGGCCUGCUCCUGUGUGAAUCGAGGGUUCUUAGAUCUGAUUUUUAUAUAGGGGACUGAGGGGGGAUUUUUUUUUUUUUUUGAGCUACUAAUGUCAACUGCUGUUGUACAUACAGUUCGGUGGAGUGCGGGGGGCAAAGCUAUUUAUUAUGUAUGUCUGUAAAAUGCUGUACAAUGGCAGAUUGAGGUUGCUUCCUUGUCUUACUGAAUAUUCUGUUUUUAAAUCCCAUGCUUUAGACUGAUUAGACUUAUUUGAUUUACUGUUUUUAAUAUUUUACCUUUGCAAAUUACCUUUUAAUUAAAGUUAUUUUAAAAAGA